UGUCUGAGAGAGAGAGAGAGCUCCGAGGGAAGUGGCGCAGGUGAAGGGAGACGACGGCCAAUGGCCACCAUCCGCGCCCGCGGAUGACACGGGCCCUCCCAUGGCUCCCGUCGCGCGGCAUCUCCGAAUGGCGGGGUUUCGCGCUACAUCGCUUUCGGUCGAAACGCAUCCCCCUACUCCCCGCUCGUCCCGUCACUGGGUUCCCAGCCCUUCUCCCCCCCGCGACGGCCACAUCCUCUUCCGCUCCUCCAUCGUCGUCGUCGAGCGUCUUCUCUUCUCCUCCUCCUUCCUACUUCCCAGAAGAGGAAGUUCGAUGCGAGCCAAUCCAAAAUGGGAACACCAGUUAAUAUAAUUAUAGGUUCUCUUGUAUGGGUUGAAGAUCCAGCAGUAGCUUGGAUUGAUGGACAUGUCGCUAAGAUUACUGGUCAAAAUGCUGAGGUUCAAACUUCUAAUGGGAAAACGGUUGUUGCCAAUCUGUCAAAAGUAUAUCCCAAAGAUAUGGAAGCCCCUGCUGGAGGGGUUGAUGACAUGACAAAGCUCUCUUAUCUGCAUGAGCCUGGAGUUCUGCAGAAUUUGGCAGCCAGAUACCAACUGAAUGAAAUUUAUACUUACACAGGAAAUAUUCUGAUUGCCAUAAAUCCAUUUCAAAGGUUGCCCCAUCUAUAUGAUUCUCACAUGAUGACCCAAUAUAAAGGAGCUCCCUUGGGUGAGCUAAGUCCUCAUGUAUUUGCAGUGGCAGAUGUAGCAUACAGGGCAAUGAUAAAUGAGGGGAAAAGCAAUUCCAUUUUGGUUAGUGGUGAAAGUGGUGCAGGUAAAACUGAGACAACAAAGAUGCUUAUGCGCUAUCUUGCUUAUUUGGGUGGGCGUGCUGCUACUGAAGGGCGAACGGUAGAGCAACAAGUACUCGAAUCAAACCCAGUUCUUGAAGCAUUUGGAAAUGCAAAAACUGUCAGAAAUAACAACUCCAGUCGUUUCGGCAAGUUUGUUGAGAUCCAGUUUAAUAGGCAAGGUAAAAUAUCAGGUGCUGCCAUCCGUACCUACCUUCUUGAGAGGUCCCGAGUUUGCCAGGUUUCUGAUCCAGAGCGUAACUACCACUGCUUUUACCUUCUAUGUGCUGCACCACAAGAGAUAGUUGACAAGUAUAAGUUAGGAAAACCAAGUUCAUUUCAUUAUCUUAACCAAUCAAAUUGCUAUGAAUUGGUUGGUGUGAGUGAUGCCCAUGACUAUUUGGCCACCAGGAGGGCUAUGGAUAUUGUCGGAAUCAGUGCACAAGAACAGGAUGGAAUUUUCAGGGUUGUUGCAGGCAUUCUUCAUCUUGGAAAUAUUGAUUUCACUAAGGGACAAGAAGUAGAUUCGUCAGUUUUAAAAGAUGACAAAUCUAAGUUUCAUCUCAAGAUGACUGCGGAGCUUCUCAUGUGUGAUUCUGAGGCUUUGGAAGAUGCUCUGUGUAAGCGUGUGAUGAUAACACCUGAAGAAGUUAUUAAGAGACCACUUGAUCCUCAUGCUGCAACCAUAAGCAGGGAUGGCUUGGCUAAAACUAUAUAUUCUCGGUUAUUUGAUUGGCUUGUUGAUAAAAUAAAUGUCUCAAUUGGACAAGAUCCAACUUCUAAGUCACUGAUUGGGGUCCUAGACAUCUAUGGUUUUGAAAGUUUCAAGACAAACAGUUUUGAGCAGUUUUGCAUCAAUUUCACAAAUGAGAAACUACAGCAGCAUUUUAACCAGCAUGUUUUCAAGAUGGAGCAGGAAGAGUACACGAAAGAAGAAAUAGAUUGGAGCUACAUUGAAUUUGUUGAUAACCAAGAUGUCCUGGAUCUUAUUGAGAAGAAACCUGGAGGUAUCGUUGCACUCCUAGAUGAAGCAUGUAUGUUUCCAAAAUCAACACAUGAAACCUUCGCGCAAAAGCUUUACCAGACAUUUAAAACACACAAGCGCUUCAUCAAGCCCAAGCUUUCUCGCACUGAUUUUUCUAUAGGCCAUUAUGCUGGCGAGGUUUUAUAUCAGUCUGACCAGUUCCUGGACAAAAAUAAGGAUUAUGUUGUGGCGGAACACCAAGAUUUGUUGAGCGCAUCAAAAUGCUCAUUUGUUUCAGGCCUUUUUCCUUCUUUACCUGAGGAGACAUCUAAGUCUUCUAAAUUUUCAUCCAUUGGUUCUCGAUUUAAGCUGCAAUUACAGGCCUUGAUGGACACAUUGAAUUCCACAGAACCUCAUUACAUUAGAUGUGUGAAGCCGAACAAUCUUCUAAAACCUGCCGUAUUUGAGAAUCUCAAUGUCAUGCAACAAUUACGCUGUGGUGGUGUUCUUGAGGCCAUCAGAAUUAGCUGUGCUGGAUAUCCUACUCGUCGUAUAUUCUAUGAAUUUUUACACCGUUUUGGUGUUCUUGCUCCAGAAAUUUUGGAGGGGAACAAUGAUGAAAAGAUAGCUUGUAGGAAGAUUCUAGAAAAGAAGGGGUUAACAGGUUUCCAGAUAGGCAAAACAAAAGUUUUCCUUAGAGCUGGUCAGAUGGCGGAGUUAGAUGCUCGACGAGCUGAAGUGCUUAACAGGGCUGCAAAAUCUAUUCAAAAUCAAAUACGAACUCAUAUUUUGCGGAAACGAUUUAUUGCUUUACGGAAAUCUACCAUUCUUGUGCAGUCAUUAUGGAGAAGAAAGCUGGCUUUUAAGUUGUUUGAACGCAUGAGAAGAGAAAAUUCUGCAAUAAAAGUUCAGAAAAAUUUGCGUCGAUACAAGGCUAGGAAGGCUUAUACACAGUUGAAAUUCUCAGUUGUUGUCCUGCAAACUGGUUUUAGAUUUUUGGCUGCUCGGAAUGAGUUUAGGUUUAAGAAGCAAACUAAGGCAGCGACUGUUAUUCAGGCCCAUUGGCGUUGUUAUAGAGCUCAUUCAUACCAUAAGAAGCUAAAGAGGGCAUCGAUUGUAACCCAGUGCCGAUGGAGAGGAAGGGUUGCAAGGAAAGAGCUUAGGAAGCUCAAAAUGGCUGCGCGAGAAACAGGUGCCCUCAAGGAAGCAAAGGAUAAGCUUGAAAAGACAGUGGAAGAUCUUACAUGGCGUUUACAAUUAGAAAAGCGUUUGAGGACGGACUUAGAGGAAGCUAAAGGACAAGAGAUAGCAAAGUUACAAAGCUCUUUGCAGGCAACACAAAGUAAAUUGGAUGAGACAACUGAAAUCCUUGCCGAGGAACGAGAGGCUGCUAGAAAGGCUAUUGAAGAAGCACCCCCUGUUAUCAAAGAAACUACCAUUCAUGUUCAAGAUACUGAAAAGAUUGAUUCCUUGACAGCUGAGGUGGAGAACUUAAAGGCCUCAUUUCAGUCAGAAAAACAACGAGCUGAUGAUGCUGAGAACAAAUUCACUGAAGCACAAAAAAUAAGUGAAGAAAGACAGAGAAAGUUACAUGAAUCAGAAGGAAAAGUGCAUCAACUUCAGGAAUCUUUGCAUAGGAUUGAAGAGAAGCUGGCAAAUGUAGAAUCAGAAAAUAAAGUACUUCGUCAGCAGGCUGUAUCCAUAGCACCCAGCAAAUUGUUAUCAGGACGUUCUAAAUCAUCGCUACAGAGGAGUUCUGAAAAUGGUCUUGUUAUUAAUACCGAGACCAGAACAACUGCAGAUCCACUUAGUGCAUCAUUCAACAUGAGGGAGAAUUAUGAAGUAGAAGAUAAGCCACAGAAAUCUCUCAAUGAAAAGCAGCAGGAACAUCAGGACUUACUGAUUAGGUGUAUUGCGCAAGACUUAGGAUUUGCUGGAAGUAGACCUGUUGCUGCUUGUAUUACUUAUAAAUGCCUUCUACAAUGGCGAUCAUUUGAAGUUGAGCGCACAAGUGUCUUUGAUCGUAUUAUUCAGACAAUUGGUCAUGCUAUCGAGACUCAGGAUAAUAAUGAGGUCUUGGCCUACUGGCUUUCCAAUGCAUCAACUUUGUUAUUGCUACUCCAACGUACACUGAAAGCAAGCGGUGCAGCAGGCAUGGCACCACAACGCCGACGGUCAUCGUCUGCCACCCUUUUCGGGAGGAUGACUCAAAGUUUCAGGGGUACCCCACAAGGUGUGAACCUUUCUUUUGUGAAUGGAAGUUUGACUGGAGUAGAUAAAUUACGCCAAGUUGAAGCAAAGUACCCUGCUUUGCUUUUCAAACAGCAGCUUACUGCAUAUGUAGAAAAGAUAUACGGGAUGAUCCGGGAUAACUUGAAGAAAGAGAUAUCUCCCUUGCUUGGUUUGUGCAUUCAGGCACCACGAACUUCAAGAGCUAGUCUAGUCAAAGGAACUUCUCGCUCACUGGGAAAUGCUGCUGGACAGCAAGCUUUGAUCGCUCACUGGCAAGGGAUUGUUAAGAGUCUCGACAGUUUCUUGAACACGUUGAAAGCAAAUCAUGUGCCCCCAUUCUUAGUUCGAAAGGUGUUCACACAGAUAUUUUCCUUCAUAAAUGUACAGCUAUUUAACAGUCUUCUUCUGAGGAGAGAAUGUUGCUCAUUCAGUAACGGUGAAUACGUUAAAGCAGGAUUAGCUGAACUAGAAAAUUGGUGCUACAAAUCAACUGAUGAGUAUGCAGGUUCAGCUUGGGAUGAACUAAAGCAUAUAAGACAGGCUAUUGGAUUCCUGGUCAUCCAUCAAAAGCCAAAGAAGACCUUGGAUGAAAUUAGCCAUGAUCUUUGCCCAGUACUAAGUGUGCAACAGUUAUAUCGGAUAAGUACAAUGUACUGGGAUGAUAAAUAUGGAACACAUAGUGUGUCCCCUGAGGUUAUAUCAAAUAUGAGGGUGCUGAUGACUGAAGAUUCCAACAAUCCUGUCAGCAACUCAUUCUUAUUGGACGAUGACUCAAGCAUACCAUUUUCAGUUGAUGACAUAUCUAAGUCGAUGGAUCCGAUUGAUAUAUCUGAUAUUGAGCCGCCUCCACUUAUUCGGGAGAACUCAGGUUUCAUUUUCUUGUUGCCACGCACGGACUAAGAACCUGAGACAGUUUCUCAUUCUUGUUCGAUUAUCGUUAAUGUUUGAGUUUCAAAUGAGGUGACACUUAUCGUCAACCGCUUCAAGACAAUUCAUGUUUGCAAGAUCAAAAUCCUUUCCCUAGUUUCAGUGCAGUGUGUUGCAUGCAGAAACCAAGCGCAUCGAUCGAAUUCUGCCAAGAUGAGGGUCUAGUCUCCCUUUUCUCUCUUUUCUUUUGAUGGGGCAUUUUGUAUAGCCCUCUCAAUUGUAAGCAUGUACAAUGAAUUAUAGCACUACUAAUUUGAUUUUUUGCAGUCUGUUCAUGUGCCAUCCAACUGGAAUUUUACUCCAGACAUAGGAUUCACCUAGGAAAAACUUUGGCAGCAGUUGGCUUCGGUUGAUGGUUCCUCCAGAGACAUUCCUGAAUCAUGGAUUAAGGUCAAAUGUGCAGACUGAAAUCAUGCAAAUGAGUAUGUAGAGUAAACGUGCACUUAAUGUGCAUUCUUUUCCUUUUUAGCUUUUGCUAAAUUCAUUUGGACAGAAUCAGCAUAAAUGUUGAAGUUGAUCUUAAGAAAGAUGUCAUGCACAGCACAUAGGAGAUGGAUAAUUGUGAUCACACGAGUGUCUUGUGUACAACUAUUUUGUUUGGAGUGUCCAUUAGUCAUUGGUAA